CUCUCUCUCUCUCUGAGAUAUUUGGUUUGUGAAUUGUGAUGGGUUUUGCUUGGCUUUGUUGGAUAGAUGACUAUUCUCGUUGAGUCAACAUUUUCUUUCUUCCACGAUAUUUACCUCUUACUAUUACUACUACUUUCUUCUUUUGUUUUUUCUGCUGGUUCCUUUUCUCAACCACAUAAAGCCCUCUUCUUUUUUUCUUCUUUUUAUUUUUAUGUUUUUCUAUCUAUAUCUCAAAACUAAAAGUUUCCCACUUCCUCAUACUAGGAAAAAGCCUAUUAUAAACUCUAAUUCUUAUUCUUCAUUGGGUUUAAUUCAUUAUCCAUGGAACAACAGCUUUGUACUACAAUCUUCUCUUCCUCAAGAGUCCACCUUGAUUUUAUUGCCAAGCUGUCAAAUUAACUACAAUUAGGGUUUUCUUCAAGGUCUUCCAAGAAUUAAGAGAUAGGGAGUAAUUUAAAUCAGAUGGCUGAUAGCUGGGAUGGGAGUUCUGAAAUUGGCAGCCAGUCAGAUGAGAGCUUUCAUUUUGAAAGAGUGCACCUUGAGCCUAUAUAUGAUGCAUUUGUCUGCCCAUUGACAAAGCAAGUUAUGUCUGAUCCUGUUACCUUAGAAAAUGGGCAAACUUUCGAACGUGAAGCAAUUGAAAAGUGGUUCAGGGAAUGCAAGGAGAGUGGAAGAAAGAUGGUAUGUCCUUUAACGCUUAAAGAAUUAAAAAGCACAGAUAUGAACCCUAGCUUAGCUUUGCGGAACACCAUUGAAGAGUGGACUGCUAGGAAUGAAGCAGUUCAGCUUGAUAUGGCUCGUAGGUCAUUGAAUCUGGGCAGCUCAGAAACUGAAAUUCUUUAUGCUUUAAAGUAUGUUGAGCACAUCUGCCAAAAGAGCCGAUCAAACAAGCAUAUUGCACGUAGUGCAGGGUUGAUACCCUUGAUUGUUGACAUGUUGAAGAGCGGCAGCCGUAGAGUUCGAUGUAAAGCUUUGGAAACUCUCCGAAUUGUGGUGGAGGAAGAUACUGAGAAUAAGGAAAUGUUGGCUGAGGGGGACAUUGUGCGCACUAUAGUAAAGUUCUUAUCUCAUGAGCUCUCCAAAGAGAGGGAGGAAGCUGUCUCUUUGCUGUAUGAGCUCUCCAAAUCUGAAACAUUGUGUGAGAAGAUUGGUUCAGUCAAUGGAGCAAUUCUUAUAUUGGUUGGGAUGACAAGCAGUAAAUCUGAAAAUCUUCUUACUGUUGAGAAGGCUGAGAAAACAUUGGAGAAUCUGGAGAAGUGUGAGAACAAUGUGCGGCAGAUGGCUGAAAAUGGAAGAUUGCAGCCUCUUCUGACACAAAUCCUUGAAGGCCGACCAGAAACCAAACUUUCCAUGGCUUCAUACCUUGGCGAGCUGGUCUUGAACAAUGAUGUAAAAGUCAUUGUGGCUAAAACUGUGGGUUCAUCUUUGAUUAAUAUCAUGAGAAGUGGUACUAUGGAGUGUAGAGAAUCUGCUUUAAAAGCUCUAAACCAGAUCUCCUCUUAUGAGGCAAGUGCCAAAGUGCUGAUAGAGGCUGGAAUACUUCCCCCCCUUGUGAAGGACCUUUUCACUGUCGGUUCCAAUCAGCUUCCCAUGAGACUAAAAGAGGUCUCUGCAACAAUUCUUGCUAAUGUUGUGAACUCAGGUUAUGACUUCGAUUCUAUCCUAGUUGGAUCUGACGACCAGACACUGGUCUCAGAAGACAUAGUCCAUAACCUACUACAUCUUAUUAGCAACACAGGUCCAGCAAUUGAGUGCAAGCUUCUCCAGGUUCUUGUUGGACUCACUAGUUCUAAAACAACAGUUCUUAAUGUUGUUGCUGCCAUCAAAAGCUCUGGUGCUACUAUUAGUUUGGUUCAGUUUAUUGAGGCUCCACAGAAAGAUUUGCGUGUAGCUUCCAUCAAACUUCUCCAGAACCUCUCCCCACUCAUGGGCCAGGAACUGGCUGAUGCCCUACGUGGCUCAGUUGGCCAGCUCAGCAGCCUAAUUAAAGUCAUAUCAGAAAAUAUAGGAAUCACUGAAGAGCAGGCUGCAGCUGUUGGCCUUUUAGCUGAUCUCCCUGAGAGGGACUUGGGCCUUACCAGGCAGAUGCUAGAUGAGUCUGCCUUUCAGAUGAUCAUCAAUAGAGUGGCCAGGAUCCGGCAAGGGGAGACAAGGGGCACUCGCUUUGUCACACCAUUUUUAGAAGGGCUCGUACGAGUCCUUGCAAGGGUUACAUUUGUCUUAGCUGAUGAACCUGAUUGCGUUGCACUGUGCCGUGAGAACAAUCUUGCUCAAUUGUUUACUGACAUGCUUCAGGCGAAUGGACUAGACAAUGUACAGAUGAUCUCUGCCACAGCAUUGGAGAACUUAUCACUAGAAUCUAAAAAUUUGACAAGAUUGCCUGAGUUGCCAUCACCUGGCCUUUGUGGCUCAAUCUUUCCAUGUUUUAGCAAACCGCCUACUAUAUCUGGAUUGUGUAAGCUUCACCGGGGUACAUGUACACAGAGGGAAUCCUUUUGUCUUCUAGAAGGACAGGCCGUGGAGAAGUUAGUAGCACUUUUGGACCACACAAAUGAGAGGGUGGUUGAGGCCGCACUUGCUGCACUAUCUACUUUGUUGGAUGAUGGGGUUGAUAUCGAACAAGGGGUAACAGUGCUGUGUGAGGCAGAGGGAAUCAAACCUAUACUUGACGUUUUACUCGAGAAACGGACAGACAAUCUGAGGCGGAGGGCAGUUUGGGUUGUUGAGAGAAUUUUGCGUACAGAUGAUAUAGCCUAUGAAGUUUCAGGAGAUCCAAACGUGAGUACAGCACUUGUUGAUGCUUUUCAGCAUGGUGACUAUCGAACCAGGCAGAUUGCUGAGCGUGCCUUGAAGCAUGUUGAUAAAAUACCAAACUUUUCUGGAAUCUUUCCAAACAUGGGCUAGGCCUCUUCUCAAUGAUUAUUUGCUCCUUAAGUUGUCUAGUGCAAGGACCUGUAUGUAAUCUUUCUUUUGUCCCCAAGCAGUUUGUAGCAUCAAGUUGAAAGUAGAUAUUGUUGUAUACAGAUUUUCCAUUUGUAGAGGGUUUUGAGAGCUGUUGAUUUGUUUUUAAUAAUUCUGUUUCAAUCGAUUUUCAUUUCUUUA